UGCCAAAUCCGCGCGCGCGCGCGGUUGUAUGCGUGCGUGCGCGCGCGUGCAUGUGCGAGCGCACGUGUGUGUGUGUGUGUGUGUGUGGGUGGGUUGAUAAAUGCAGCCCUCGACUGUCAAACUGUGCACAUGCAGUACAGUGAGGGUCAAAAUUCACAUCAACAACAAGUGAAGGCACAACAUGCAGGAAGAACAAGAAGCUGACUAUAGAGGAGGAAGGCAGUUUGCAUAUUUACCAAACAAAGAGCAGAAUUCUAACACUGUGCACUAAAAUGUCAAGAUUUGGACCUGAAUCAAUCAACAACACUAGUAAAGAUCCAUGGUGGUUUAGGGGUUUAGUUGCCCUUGAAAGACCUGCACCCAUCACUGCUGACAGUACAUGCUACCGAGACCUUUUAUAUACACUUUGAGAUUGCUUUUAGCAAUGAAAAGUGCUCUAUAAAUGAAAUUUAUUAUUAUUAUUAUCAUAUUUUUCAAAUAAUUCCAUCUAUUAGAAUGCAAAAAAAGGCCCAGAAGGAUAGAGGAUAAAAUAAAAUAUUGACUUUGACGGAUUUGAGCAUGCAUCCCUGAUAAUAACACAAUGUGCACAGACUAAGAGUUGAACAAGUCUAGACACAUGAUGCCUUAAAGUGGCAUUUUUAUAUUUAGACACGUAUUCUGUCUUAUCUUGUUCUUCAUUAUCAAACGCCCUCUUCCCAGCCCUGCGGUUGUCCCACUCCUCCGCCCACCUGCUGCUCCCUCAUCACCUCAUUCAUCCCGUGAUAAAGGUCUCCUAAUGACGCUUGACCAGGCACGAAGCCGAAGUCGCCCUCGCUUUCAUUUUUCCGAUUGUACACGCCGACGGGCCUUGUGUGUCCCUGUUGAUGGAGCUCCGUGGCCUGUGAGCAUGUGCACCACCCUCCCUCGUCCAGCUGCUUUCAUCUCUUCUCAGUUCCCGUCUGUGCACCUGGCGGAGAGGAGCUGAUUGAGGCAUUGGAUAACAUCCAGGGAGACUAUUUAAGAGCAGCACCGUGCAGUCUGGGAGGCUGACGGAGUAAGAAAAACUCAGAGUAAAUCCCUGACCGCGAUCCGUUUCUUCAUUUUCUCUCUGCCGGGUUUUCCAAGACUAAAGACCUCGAUGUGUAAGGGUCUCGCCUCCCUGCCCUCCUCAUGCCUGGAGAAGGCGAAGGGGAUGCGGGUGAAGUUAAGCCAUCUGGCUGAGACACACCACAGGCUCAAGGUUCAGGACGGAAGAGCUCUUCAGGACCUGGAAACGCUUCUAAACCACAAAAGUGGCCUGCACGUGUUCCGUGGGUUCCUGCGUUCAGAGUUCAGCGAGGAGAACCUUGAGUUCUGGCUGGCCUGUGAGGACUACGGGGUUUCACGUUCAAACCUGCAAAAGACCAAGGCCAGCAGCAUCUACAGCCAGUUCAUCAACCCCGAUGCACCAAAGGAGGUAAACCUGGAUGCUGAGACCCGAGAGGCUCUGUUGAGCGUGAUGGACUCUCCGUGUGCCGACACGUUCAAGGAGGCCCAGCAGAAGAUCUACAACCUGAUGGCCAAAGACUCCUUCCCUCGCUUCCUACGCUCACAUCAGUGCAUAGAGGCCAUUAAGGCGUUUUAAAGAUACACUGUUUAUUACCACAAACCUGCUUAAGAAGUAAAUGCUGAUGGAUCUGUAGUGCUGGACAUGCUGAUUGUGUUUUAUCAUUCAUCUUAAAUAGUAGAAGACGCAUGCUGUUAACUGUGGCAACACUGAGCUGUAGGCAUAGCUUGAAACGUGGAACAUAGAAACCUCAAUCAUUAAGCUGAAACGAGGACUGAACUACAUAAGCUAUGUGACAUCAACAAAGGAUUUUAAUAAAUUCCUCAGGAAAGAUC